GAGACUUGAAUAAUAUGACUAUCUUCCAAAACUAACAGAGUUGCAACUGUCCAAAACCCUCCUCUGUCCUUUUCCUGUCGACAACCCAAGAUUCUUCUCGUUGAUAAAACCCUAAACAAAAAAAAAAAGUUCAAAUUUUUUUUCUUGUGGGUGUAAUUUCCCUCCUCUCUCAAAUUUAGGGUUUUUUUUUUGGAUUUGGAUCUUUGGAAGAAGGUUCAGGUAUGUUUCUGCUAUUUGAGCUUUGAGUUCAAGCUUCAAAGAGUUGGUUCUGGUGACUGAAUAGAGGAGAUAUUAUGAUGAUCCAUACCUACCACGACAGCACAAAAUGCAGAACACAUUGUACAAGUGAGAAGAUGGAAGAAGAAGGAGGAGGUUUCAGGACAGUGGAGUGUCUAAGAGGAAGAUUGCUAGCAGAGAGACAAGCUUCAAGAACUGCAAGAGAAGAAGCAGAGCUUAUGUGCAUAAAGAUAACAGAGCUAGAGGUACAUCUCGAAGAAGAGAUCAAACUAAGGGAAAGAGCAGAGAAGAGGCUCGGAUUCCUGAUGAAAAUGCUCGAAUCUUUAAAAGGGUUACGCAAUACCGAUGGAUCAGAGCAAUGGAGCUCCUCUGACGUUUCUUGUGAAUCGUCAUCCGCGGCCACUUCAGUGCCAAAGGACGAAUUAGACAAAGAAGGCAAGAUCCGAUUCGCAAAUCUGGAGAAAACUCGUGAUGAUAGCGAUCUCGGAGACGAUACGAAACCAGAUCAAGUCACUGUGAAUGGGUCCUCCAUGGAAGAGAAGUCAAGUUCGGGGCUCGGAGAUCUUUCUUCCGGUGAACCCUCUGGUGUUGCUUCAACCGCAAGUCAUGAAGAGUCAAGGCCAGGUGAUUCUAGGUGAUUCUAGGUGCUUUGGUGCAUUGGGACACGCAAGAGAAAAGGGUCCAGAGAUCACUUUAAGAGAGAAAGAGGGCAUUUGAUAAAGGACCACAUGGUUCAUACAUUAAGUGAUCGUAGACAUGAUGAGUGAUUGAUGGGUCAGGCGCUUUGUGUUUCUCUUUUUUUGAAUGUAUUUAGCGCAAAUAUUGCAUAUUUUGAUUUGAGAAAAAUAAAAGUGUGACCUCUUCUUUGUUGGAAA